CGUGACACACUGAUUGGAUUCUCGACGGGAUUAUAAUCUGAUCUCGAACCACUGAACGUAGAAAAUAUGCGAGUUGAACUGCGCUCGUAGGUCGAAUGGCAUCUACUAGAAGUCAUCCGUAGAAUGCAGCUAGCUUUUGGACUUGCUUCACUAGCAAAAAUUAUAAAUUGAUGGGUCGUGAUCAUAUCGGCCGCAUCGAUAUCAUGAUGGUUCUCGAAACUGCCAGAAACAACUGUUCGUCACUCUUACAGCAUCCGAUCUGUUAUAACUCGUGACUUACAAGCGCUGUUGAAUCCCUACUGACUGUUCUUGAAUUCGUUUGUUUGCCAUUAAGCGCGACAUGUCUAAAGCACCUGCAGAGCGCCCCAUCGCUUAUUUUGAUAUCACCAUCGGCGGUAAGCCCACUGGGCGUAUCGUAUUCUCGCUAUAUGCGGACUUGGUACCCAAGACAGCUGAAAACUUUCGUGCAUUGUGUACGGGUGAAAAGGGUGUCGGAAAGUCUGGCAAACCUCUUUGCUUCGCUGGAUCUGGCUUUCACCGCGUAAUCAAGGGGUUCAUGUGUCAAGGCGGUGACUUCACGGCGGGCAACGGCACCGGAGGGGAAUCAAUUUACGGGGAAAGAUUUGAAGAUGAGGCGUUCCCCGUGAAACACACGAAACCUUUCUUACUGUCUAUGGCAAAUGCAGGAAAAGACACUAAUGGCUCGCAAUUCUUUAUCACCGUGAGCCAAACACCCCAUCUUGAUGACAAGCACGUAGUUUUCGGUGAAGUAAUCAAGGGCAAGUCAAUAGUCCGUACAAUCGAAAACUUCCCUACUGCGUCUGGAGAUGUUCCCACUUCCCCCAUCGUUGUAUCUGCUUGUGGCGUUCUCUCACCGGAUGACCCUUCCCUGGUGGCUUCCGAGACAACUGUUGGUGACGACUACGAGGACUACCCCGAAGACGACGAUUCCGAUGUGCAGAAUCCCGAGGUUGCGCUGGAUAUUGCACGUAAAAUCCGCGAGCUCGGUAACAAGCUCUUCAAGGAUGGGCAAAUUGAACUUGCACUCAAAACGUACCUCAAAUCGAUAAGGUACCUAGAUGUGCAUCCCGUAUUACCGGAAAACUCUCCACCGGAGCUUAAGGACUCUUAUGAAUCGCUUCUUGCACCCCUUUUAUUGAACUCGGCACUUGCUGCGCUACGCACGCAACCAGCAGCCACCGAAACUGCGGUAAAGAAUACCACGCGAGCUUUGGACCGUCUGCAGCUGAGCAGCCCAGAUAAAGCCAAGGCCCUUUAUCGUAGGGCGUCAGCACAUGUAAUUCUGAAGCAGGAAGACGAAGCUGAAGCGGAUCUUGUUGCUGCUAGUCAGCUUGCACCUGAAGACCCAGCGAUCCUGGGGGAGCUCGCGAAAGUGAGGCAGAAGAAGAAGGAAAAAGAGAGAGGGAGAAGAAGUCGUACAAGAAACUGUUCUCCAUUGCCACUCCUUUUCAUACGUUCAACCUAUUACCUUGUACCACAAAGUUCAUAA